AUGUCCGACUACUACGACCUCGGAGACUACCGCCGCGAGGUAACCACCUCAAAUCAAGAUGUCCAGAUCUGGUUUAGCCGUGGCUUAAUCUGGGCUUAUGCCUUUAACCAUGACGAAUCCGUCCGAUGCUUCGAGCAGGUCGUCGCCCUCGACCCGCACUGUGCGAUGGGCUACUGGGGCAUUGCAUUCGCCCUAGGCCCAAAUUAUAAUAAGCCGUGGGAGUUGUUUGACGGCGAGGAUCUGUCAGCUACAACGACACGCGCGCACCAGGCUAUCGUGCAAGCCAAGACGUUGGCACCACACGCCACAGCUUUGGAGAAUGCACUCGUUGAUGCGCUCGCUUGUCGAUAUCCGCAAAAGCAGCCUGGAGAUUGUCUUGCAUGGGAUCGGAGUUAUGCAAAGGCCAUGGAGGCCGUGUACGAGCAGUAUCCGGAUGAUCUCGACGUUACGGCGCUGUACUGCGAUGCGCUGAUGAAUCUCACGCCGUGGAAGAUGUGGGACUUCAGAACGGGCCAACCGGCAGCGGGUGCGAAAACGCUUCUCGUAAAGAAAAUGCUUGACCGCGCUUUGGAGCGCGAUGAGACUCACGAACAUCCCGGAAUUCUGCACUUGUACAUUCAUCUCAUGGAGAUGUCUUCGGUGCCAGAAAUUGUGCUCCCCAUCGCCAAUUGCCUGCGCGGCCUCGUUCCCGACGCAGGUCAUCUCGAACAUAUGCCCACCCACAUUGAUGUCCUGUGCGGUGACUACCGCAGCGCUGUAAAGUCCAAUACGUCUGCCAUUCGAGCGGAUAACAAGUUCCUCGCCAAUCAGCCUGUUGGCCAUUUCUAUAAUCUGUACCGCGCACAUGAUUACCACUUCAGGAUGUAUGCUGCUAUGAUGGGCGGGCAAUCGAAAAUUGCGCUGGAUACCGGGGCUGAGAUGGCGCAUAUUGUUACCGAAUGCCUCUCGCAGGCUAGCUCUUUGGGGCCUCGCUCGCCGCCAAUGGCGGACUGGCUGGAAGGGUUCGUUUCCAUGCAGGUGCAUGGGUUUAUACGAUUCGGUCGGUGGGAUGAUAUCAUUACUUUGAAGUUGCCGACUGAUGCGCAGUUGUACUGUGUCACCACAGCAAUGAUGCACUACGCGAAAGGCGUCGCAUUGGCGGCCACUGGGCGGGUUCCUGAAGCGGACGCAGAACGUAAAUUGUUCAAGGAGUCUGUCAAACUCGUUCCCGAUUCACGGAGAAUUUUCAACAAUAAGUGUACCGACAUCCUCGGCAUUGCAUCCGAAAUGCUCGAUGGCGAAAUUACAUAUCGUCGCGGUGAGUUCGAUGCGGCGUUUGAUCAUCUCCGUGAAGCUGUGAAGCGAGAAGAUACAUUGCCCUACGAUGAGCCAUGGGGCUGGAUGCAGCCAUCAAGACAUGCGCUUGGGGCUCUGCUGCUUGAGCAGGGUCACAUUAAACAGGCUCUAGCUGUUUAUGCUGCAGACCUUGGGGUUGAGCAUGAGAGUGAUCCGCCGCUGCCUCGUGCGCUGAGACAUUAUGGUAAUGUUUGGGCUUUGCAUGGUUACCAAGAGUGUUUGCUUAAGCUUGGAAAUAAGCAUGAGGCAAGGCGUCAGGCGCCGCAGUUGAAGCAUGUGCUAGCUUACGCUGAUGUGCCUAUCAAGUCUUCUUGCUUCUGUCGAAUCGACACUACUUGA